UAGUUAUCAAUAAAGAGCCGGAAGUUUCGGUCUCCGUUAUUGUGCUCAGUGUUAGUUAGAUAGUGUUGUGCGUGGUCGUUCUGUUCGUCUGCUGAACUGCCGGUUUUUCUAUAGAUCUUAUUGUAUUUUUUUUUUUGUAAUAUUAUUAUUAUUAAUACGCCACAACAAUUGUGUACUUAUUUUUUUGGCGUACAUAAGUAUUAUUUUCUGGACAAGAAAGUAAUAAUUAGGAAAACAUUUAAUUUAUUGUGCAAUGGGUUUAUUAACCGAAGGGCAACCACUCACUUGGGAUGAGACCAAACAAUUGGCUGAUCAUGUAAGACAACAUGGAAUCAUUCAGUUUGUGAAUCUAUACCAUCAGUUACUUGACCGUAAAGGAGAUGUUCUGAAAUGGGGAGACGAGGUAAAUUAAUACACAUUUUGAUUUUUCAUUACUUAAAGUCUACAUAAAUAUAUAAUACUAUUUGUAUGUUUUGGUUGUUUGUUAUACAUUUCCAGGUCGAAUACAUAAUCGUUAAAUUUGACCAUUUGAAUAAGACUGCAAAAGUUAGACUUUGUGCACAAGAGGUAUUAGAUCAACUCAAUGAAAAAGAAGCAAAUGACCCAGAGUAAGUGUAAUUGAUUGAAUAAAAUAUUGAUUCUCCAUAAGAAUACAAAUACCCAUUCUUAAUGUUAAGUAUGUUAGUAGGUAACACAUAAAUAUUAUUGAUUUAAAUAGCCAUUCAAUUAUUGAAUAUGGUAAAUAACUACUUAUACCUUGACUCAUAUUUAGAUUUGAUGCCAAUAAAAACUUAUUUUUUAUUAAUUUUCAUUGAAACCCAUAAUUUACUUUUCUCUUGGCAUUUGUUGUAGGUAGUGCAAUUUUUUUAGUAAUAAAAAUGUUGAAAAAAUUAUAUUUAUAAAUAUAAAAAGACGGACAUAGCUUGAAUGAUGGAGGGGGCCACUAUUUUAGGUGAGUAGUUGGAAAGGUAGAAUAUAGAGGGAAGUUCAAUUUAUAUCUAGACAAUGGUAAACCAUUGUUAACGAAAAGCGAUUCGGAGCAAAUUUAUUUUUACUUUUCCAGUUUUUCUUAUAUUUUUUCUAAUUGUUACGAAAACUGCUUGGAAAAUUAAAAAAUUAUUUCAUUUUAGUUAUCACCCUGAUAAAAUUUCUUCUCAGAAAAGGUUCUUAGUUCAUUUGAAAAUAUGAGCAAGAUUUCUGGUAUAAAAAUGUUCAUAGAUUAAAAAAAAUAUGUAUGUACAUAGUAAAACCAAUACAUUCCUAACUAUGCUCCGAAUCUUAAAUGUAGGUACUUAACCAGAUAUAAAUAUCUAUAUAAUAUUUAAACAUAUUUAUGUUUUUGUUCGGUUUUUUUUUUUUGGUGUUUGAGGUAGAAAACUUAAACUAAAAUUGAUAACAUAAAUAAUUGAUUGACUUUCAUCUUUGUUUUAAAGGCUUAAUUUAUGUAAAUGUUUGAUAAAUAUUUUUAUUAACUGUCUAUGUACAAUAUAUAUAAAAUGUGUUUUUAGUUACAGUGAUUUAACCAAGUUUAAAUUAAUAUAACAAUAUACACAAGUUUUAUUUAUACAUCAUAAUUAAAUAUAUCUAAGUAUUGUAACAUCUUUAAUUUAAAAUUUAUUUAAAAAAUUAAUUAUUUACUUGUGUUCAAAUCUUUAAAUUAUAAAUCUAUCAAUAAUUUUAUAAUGUAGGUUUGAAUUUUAUUAUACUUUUAGACAGUCAUCAUAGUUAUAAAAUAACUUUUUACCUAUGAUUAAUGUACUAUUCAAUAUUACCAACAAUUAGUUAAUUAAUUUGAACAAAUAUGUAGACAUAAGGUUUAGAAAUAUAAAUUAAAUUUAAGUACACAAUUGAAUUAUUUAGAUAUAUAUGAUACUAAAAAUUGUAUAAAACUUAGCAAAUGAAGUAAGUAAGUUAUAUAUCAAUUAGUUUGAGAUACAAAUGUUGUAUAAUAUUACGUCUAGAGUGAUAAAAAUAAUUCUUAAAAGAAAGUUACUAUCAUAUUAAAUUAAAUGAAAAGAAAUCUGUCUUAUAUUAAUGUAUUAUAUGUAUGUAGCCAAAUAACAAAAAAAUCCCAUAUUUGUUUAUAAUUUAUUAUGAUCAAUAAUUGUAUUCUGGUUUUGAACUCCCACAAAUUUAUUUUAUUUUAACAGUUCGAAAUGUGUUCCAUAACGUAGAAGUUUAUUUUCAUAUUUGAUGGUGGUAUUUAUUUAUUGUGACUAAUAUAUACUUACUUAUUUAUAAUUAAAUUGGUAUAAGUAUAAAUUCCCUUAUAAUAAGAUAAUAAAGAUUUUUUUUUUUAAUUACAAUUAGUUAGUCAUAAUUAUAACUAAAAUAAAAUCUAGUAAAUGUGAUAAUAAACAAAUUGAAUUUUACUGAAUAAAUAAACUUGUCGAGAUAACCUUUGUGAUAAAUUAAUUACAUGAAAUAGGAAAAUGCUAUUAAAACAAGUUAAUUACGUUGAUAAUUAUGCUUUGGACUGAUAUUCAUAAAAAUAUGUGUAGGUACCUUUUGUUAUGCUUUUUGAUAUUUUAUUAUUACUUAAUUCUUGAGUUAAUUUUAAAAGUUUGAUUUCAAUAUGAUCAAAAAUGCAUGCCAUUUUUUACUGUCAAUAUAGUUAAAUAAAAAAAGUAUUGUAUUUAUUUAUUUAUGUUAUUUAUUAAUGGACAUAAGACCAAAUUCAUUGAUAAAUCAUAUAAUAAUGAACACUUUGAUAGUAUCUUAAGAUUAAGUAAUAACUGAAAGAAUAUAAACAAAUUACAUUAAAGUAACUUAAAAUUCACAUUUACAAUUAACAUUAUUAAUUAGGUUUUCCAUUAUAUAAAUUAGUAAAGAACCCUAUAAAGAAAAGAGAAAAACAAAAAAUUAUCUUAACUACAUGUAAAUAAUUUUUCAUUUGAGAAUGUAUAACCGGUAGAUUGUAUUAAAUCAAUAGGAGAACAUACUAAAUAUUGUUUAGAACGUUGUGGGACAUAAAAGAGAUUCUUGUUACGUAUAUUGUAAUGGUUUGUUUUAAAGUUUAUUAGACUUAAGAAGAAGAAAUUAUCAAUCUCAUUAUUUAAAAGUUUUUCUAGGAACAUGGCGUAAUAAUUAAAUCUUUCAAGGUUUUUAAAUUUAAUAUUUGAAAAAUACUCUCAUAUCCAGAAUACAGUUGUCUGGUAAUAUUGCAUUUAUAAGUUACAUAGUGAAGAACUUUAUUUUAAAUGGAUUCAAUUUGGUUGAGUAUUGGUUUCCCAAAUUAGACUAGUGUACUCUAGAUGUGAUCUAAUAAGAGAGGAAUAGACAUUUGAAUGUGAUAGGAUUAUUGAACUGAAAACAGAUCUAUUUAACUGUACCAAAAAUCGCUAGAUAUUUUUUUGGUAAUUCCUAAUAAAUGUAAAUUAAAUAAAAGUUUAGAAUCAAAAAUGAUACCAAGGUCUGUUAUCUGAAGAGCUCGAUAUAAAUUAUAAGAAUCUGAAUUAUAAUUAAAUGUUAUUAGACUACGUUUUUUGAAAGUUUAAAUUUAAUUUCAGUUAUUCGUUUAUUUCUUUAUUUCUUUUUUUUUUUUAUAAAUUAUGAAUUGUUUAGUGACGUCAAUUAUCAUUUACUUUGGAGUACUCUUAAUUAAAAUUUCAUCCUAAUCAUUGAUUUUACCUCUUACAAGGAGUAUUAUAUUUUAAAGUAGGUAUCUAUGUAUAUUUAUUUAUUUUGUAAAUAUUUGUUUUUGUAUGUGUUUUUAAUUUUUCUCUAAUGUAAGUACAUGUAAGUUAUAAUGUUUUUAUUCAGAAAUUUGAAUAGUAAAAAUGUAUAGAAUGUCUUGAAGACUUUAUUUUGUUACAAUAUAAACUUCAUUAGAGCUUAUAUUAUGUAUUGCACUUAGAUAUUUUUAUUUUUUUGAUUAUUAUUUGAAUUGUGAAGAAAAUUGUAUCAUUAAAAAUAAUGUGCAUAGUGUUAAUACAUAAAUAAGAUGUAUGAAAUUGUAUUUAAUAGAUCAUUAUCAAUUUAUUGAUAAAGGUAUUGAUUAUUCUAGUAUAGAAUAUGCGAGUGCUUUUAUUUUAUUUUAUCUACUACUUAUAUAAAUUUUUUAGAUUAUAGUUCUAAUAGACUAAAUUAUCUUGUGAAAAAAGGUUGGUUUUCUCUAUUAAUAAUGAAAAAAAAAAAAUAAGUACAAUUUGUUUAAAUGUAUAUUAAACUAAUAUGGUAAUAAUCAAAUAAUAACAAUAAUAAAAAAUAAAAAAAACAAGUAAUAAUCAUUAGUUAGUUUACUGGUAGGUAUUCUAUACAUAAUAUAACCUUCAAAUCAUACCUAUUAAUAAGAAGAGUUGUUUUUAAAUUUUUAACUAGUAGGAAACAUUUUUUCUAUUUGACAAUUUAAGCUUAAAGAGAAGUUGAAUAAAAAUACACAACAAAUAUUGGUAUGUAAUUAGAGCACCGUAUUGUCAUGUCGACACAAAUUCAUUGGUUAGGUCAAUGAAACUAAUCAUCAUUAAUCAUUUAUCUAUUCAAAUAUUGAUUUCAAUUGAACCUAUUAUACUUAGAAUACCUAUGUUAUUUUGUGUACAUUAGGUUGUUUUUUUUUGAUCAUAUUAUGAUUAAUUUUUUUUAAUCGAUUUUAUGCAAUUUUUCUAGAGUAACGAAUUAAGAAUUUUAGGAAAAAUAACUAUACAAGAUUUGUCCACUUUUUAAGUCGUUAGGUGAAAAACGGAUUACUUGCACUAUUGUAAAUGCAUACUUUUCUAUGAAAAUAUUGUUUAAAUAUUAUGUAGGUUAUCUACCUACAUACUUUUUAUUACCUCGUUAUAUUUCCGAGACGGUUAUCCACCGGUCUUUAAAACAUUGUUAUUAAAUUAAUGGACGAAAAUUGACUAUUAUUUUUUUACAUUAGCUUCUUGAAUAGAAUCCGUGAACAAUAACUUAUAAUGUUAUACAUAGUAUUAAAUAACGAAAAGUUGACAUUUUUGUAUACGAAAUAAUAUGAAACGAAAUAGAUAUUAUAACGUCGUAGUUGCAUAUACGAUGUACGGUAUAGUAAAUCUAAGUAAGGUCACGACUCACGAGUAUAAUAUAUUAUUAUUAAUAAAACAGUGCUACACCUUGAAAAAUCAUUUACAUAGUCAUUAAUUCAAUUAUUUUCUUCGUUUAUCGCCCAUAUCUGCUGUACCUACAUGUACUGACGAGAAUUAUAAUAUUCAGGCUUGUACCUAUAAAUUGGAUUUGGACUAGUUAAAAAUAAUGUAUAAUAUGUUAUUAGUAUUUUUAGAAAUAUGACUUUAUACUAAAUAUUCUCGACGAACAUGUAAUGACAAUAAAAAUAUUAAUGUAUUUAAUAGGUAUACCUAGAUAAAUGAUUUUUUAAGAUAUGUAAUAAUUAUUAACUCUAUCUAUUUGUUUAUGAUUCUGAGUGUAGCUAGGAAUGCAUUGGUUUUACUAUGAUGUGUGUGUUAUUUUUUUUUUAUUACGAUUUGCUUCCUUCUGUCUGUAAACCACUUUUCAACCAGAGCUCUUAUUUCGUUCUAAACAAUUACAGGAGAUUUUUUAUGUUGUGUUCAGUAUUUAGUUGUUAAGUAAGUCAUUUUUUGAUUUCCCAAGCAGUUUUUAUAAUAAUCGGGUAAAAUUGGGAAAAGAUGUAGAAAGAAUAGAAAAGUUUACGAAAAUAACGGUUGCAUUAUUUUCAAUUUUGUUUUUUUGUUGUAAUUCUGUUAAAAACUUUUAAUUUUUACAGAAAAUUUAUAAUGGCCUUUUAUAGAUGUGAUACAUUUUUAAAAAUAUUUUGGUAAUGUUUGAGCUAGCUGUUUGUACCUUAUGAGUUUACAAUUGUUUGGCCAAACAGAAAUUUUUGAAAAUUAAACAUUAUGUUAAUUAUAAGUUACUUAGUAGUAAAAAAAAAAGAAAAUUAAACGUAAUGUAGUAGUUUUUUUUAAAGUGUUUUAAGAUCAAAUUAUGAAGAAAAUCAUACAAAUUACACCAUUUAAAAACCUGUUUAACAGAACUUUACUCAGAAUCGUUUUUCGUUAGCUGUGGUUUAUCGUUGUUUAUAAAUAAUAUUAAUUAAAUAAAUAACGCAUCUUCCAAUUUCCCAUCUAUAAUAGUCCAAUGUCCUAUGCAAUAUUUUGCCAUUCCAUGAAUUAGGAAAUUCACUUGCCCAUUUCAUAAAUUGAACAAAUUUACCUCUGGGGUAUAAAAUAUACAGGGUAUCUCACGAAGAUAUAGGUACUUAUUACGAUAUUUCAGAAAGUAUUAACUUUAUUCGGAAUUUUUUUGUUUUGAUAACUUAAGAAACAAGCAGUUCUAAAAUGUUACAUCACCAUAAUUUUUUGUCGCCUUAUAUUUUGGAAGUUGAAAUGACUUCCCAAUAUUGUCUUUCAAACGACAACUUAUAUAAAACAAAUGUCAUGAAUAGAUAUAGUGUUAGUUUAAAUAUACUUUGGUUUUAAAUUUUGAUUUCCAUCAACCCAUUUGAAGAGAUUUUUCUUUUUUAUGUGUGGGUGGGGGGAGAGUGUUGGAACAUUAUUCAAACGACGCAUGUCAUGCUGCCAUACAAUAUAUAUAAAUAUUGUAUUAUAUAUAACUAUAUAAGAAAAAAAAGAUGGACAUACUUCACACGAUGUGCAGUUCUCUGUUGUAGGUGAAAAGUUGGAAAGGUAGGAUAAAGAGCGAAAUUUAAUUUAUAUCUAUACGUAACGAUAAACCAUUGCUAACGAAAAGCGAUUCAAAGCGAAGUUUUUUUGAUACAUGUUGGUAAAUUUUCUAAAGCGAAAACCGUUUAGAAAAUUAAAAAUUGGCAUCCUUGAAAUACUACACAGAUAAAAUUUCUCUCUCUGAAAAGGUACUACAUUUGAAAAUCGCAGCAAGAUUUCUGAUAUAAAAGUUGUUCACAGAUAUAUAUGAAAAAAAAUUAUAUUAAAACCAACAUUCUUCACUACGAGCUACGCUCCGAAUCUAAAAACAACUAAUAAUAAUAAUAUGCAGUUAGUGCAGAUUGCGUUUAAGGUGUUUGUUUGGUUUACGUCUACUUUAAAAUUCGUAGCGGUUAGGUUAGAAAAAAAACCAUUUCUUUUUUUUACAAACGUGGUCGGUAUAUACCUAAUACAAAUUCGCUCGAAUAAUAAUUAUCGUUCCGGAAUCCGAAUUAAUGUGCUGUUAUUCGCUAUAAUCGUACUUUGAGUGUUAAAUAAUGCUAAUUUCAUUUAAUGUAAUCGUUUUCGAAUACAAUUAGAUAAUAUUACGCAUCAACAGGUCAGUUGGUAGGUCGAUUUUGUCUGCGUUUAUUUUACGGUUCAGUGCAGUGUAUAAGACAACCGCGGUCCAGUUUAAUCUAUAUUAUGUAUAAGUUUGAUUAAUCAGAAACGUGAAUCUUGAUUAUUCUGACCUCGCAUAUCUUUUAUCUGCUCUUACAUCUGUAAUCUUACAUAGUUCAACAAAAUAUACAAUUCAUUAUAAUGUAUCAAUGAUUAUUUAGACUCUCUUGACUCUCUAUAUCGUCAUUAUUACCCCGCGAGUGGUGACGAAAUUUAAAAUUUUAUAAAUUAAAGGCGCGCCUUCACAAGUAAAAACUGUAGUUAAAGUUAAAGAUAUAAUAUAAUCCGAUCGGGUCCGGUUUAUUUUAUUGACGUUAUUGUUUUACUGCCAAAAAUGUUGCUCCGAAUUUCAAGCGUAGUACCUAUCUUUUCGGAAUGAAAAUUGUAUCUUAUUUGUGUAUCGAGCAAUAGUUUUUCGAUUUUAAAAACAUUAUGCGGCUUUUUUUUUUAGGCAUUUGACAUUUCUACUUUUUUUAUUAUUUGACUUAAUGUAGAUAAAUAAUUGUGGCCGAACAGAAAUACUUGAAAAAUUUAAUUUGAAGUUCAGUAAAAGUUGUAUAUAACGAUUGAAAAGAAAAGUCUGUAAUGUAGUACUUUUUCUUAAUAUACGCGUUUAAGUUAAAUUUUGGCGAAAAUCGUAAAUAUCAUGGAAUUUUACGUGUUCUUUUUCGAUUUAAUUAAAUACAAUUUUAGCCAUGGCUAAAAUGUUUGAAAAUUUAACACAAUGUUCAUUAUAUUUUUAUUUGUUUGGGGAAAAAUAGUUGUAUGUAACGUAGUGAUUAUUUCAGAAGUUUAUUAUUGGUUAAAAUUUUAAAGAAAAUCGUAAAAGUCACGGUAUUUUAAAACAUAUUUAACCGAAUUUUGCCCAGAAUCGUAUUUCUUUUACAGAUAUUUACAGAUAUAAAUCAAAUAACUUUAUGUAUCCUACAUGCCCAACUUCUCACGUACAACAGUGGAAUGCCCUACCUUAGUAUCGGCUUUUUUUACUAAUCAAAUUUGAUAUUAUCAACAUAGAUUGAUUGAUAAUACACGUGAAGUCAGCGUAACCACCAACCCCAAACAGCCCAUCGGUCUAGAGAGAUGUAUAGUCUCUAAGAUAUAUGAUAUAAUAUGUUAGAUAUAUAUCUUUCAUGCCCCCAUGGUCAGUCCGCUAUUGUAAUAAAGCACCACUGACAAAAACCGAAGUUGUCUAGUACGUUAUUACUUUAUUAGUCAUUAUGUAUCACAUUACCUUAACAUUUUAUAGAAUUAGUAAUGCUUUUAUAUUUAAAUAAGUAUAUCGUAUAUAUCUAACAAACAGAAAUAACAUUGAAUCAUGAUUCAAUGAAUCAUUGACCAAUCGUGGCUUUAAUGAAAAUCACGUUUCACGACUAGAUAGCUUCGAAAACACGUUUUCUCUGGCUAAAUAAUAAAUUAGUUUGUGCUUGCUCAUAAUGCAUAGGUAAUUAUUUUUUUAUCAGAUGUUCAAAUAAGAAAAUUACGUUUAUCUCUUUUUGCAAACGUAUUAGUCUAUCUGGUUAAUUAGUCAUUGCGUUAUUUUUAAUAUUAUAUUGCGUUAUCAAUGGAAAUAAUAUAUUUGUUCCAUUCAUUUAGCUAUGCAUUUUAAUUUGAUAAGGAUAACGUUUUUUAUGUAACAUAUAUAUAUGUAUACCUAUUCGAAAUAAUUAUUUAUUACUAUGACGACUAAUUUUGUGAAUUUCGAAACACUAGGAAGCUAUAAGUAUAGAGGGGAAUGGGGAAUACUAGUCACCUAGGCAAGAAUUGUAAUUAAAAAUAAUAUCGAUUUGCUAAAUUCACUAAUACUUGCGAAAUGACUGAAUAAUGUAAUUUAAUUACUAGUUGUAAUAACUAAUAACGUAUAAUAUAUAAAUAAUAAUUAGACAUUUAAAUAUUUAAUUAAAAAAAACAUUGAUAAGGUUUGAUUAGGUUUCAACAAAAACGCGUUUAUAUGUCCAUGCGAUAAACUGUUUAAACGGUUUUAAUUUCUGAAACUACCCAAUGGGAGUGUUUUAGUUUUGAAAACGAUUAGAUGUUUUUAAACCGGUUUUGAAGUGAUUACAUGAUAAGAAUACGUUUUAAUUUCAUCAUAAACGUACUUAGUGACAUGUUUUACCCACUGAUCGGUAUUCCCCCAUUCUCUCUUACUUGGAAAUAAAAGCCUAAUAAUGCUAAUAGGUGUGUUAAGCUGCUUACACACGGAGCGUCAGUGGUCGCGAUCGGGCGGUUUGAAUGGAUAAACUGCUACCACUGGUUGCUUACACACGGAGCGGUUCGUAAAAACUGUUUUCCUUGAUAAGGUUUUCUAUUUUAAUAUACAGUGUAUAUUAGGUACAUUAGAUGGACGGGAUUUUAGAUGAUGUUGAAGCCAUAGUUAUAGCAUAUUCGCUGUAUAUACGUCACUAAUUAAAAAAAGUAAAUAUUAUUAAAAGACGAUAUUGGGUACACCCAAUUGAUUUAAAAAGGUAUCAAGAAGGAUAAUUUAUUCUAAAUUUUAUGGUAUUGCCAGCAUACCCCGAAGAGUUUUUUAAAAUAGUUUGUUCGUAGGUAAUUGUAAAUAAUCGAAUUGCGUGUCAAUAAAAUAAAGUGGCGUAUCGAUAAGCGCGUGAAUGAUAAAGACAGAAACAAAACUGUAGAACCGCCGCGGUUAGAACACUACGCGAGUAUGGGCUUAUUGAGAAUACACAGUUGUCGACCGUUUGAAAAUCAAAGACGCUUAUCGACUGUUUUAUUUUUGGCCACUUAGUACAACUUACAAUGAACCUCCUGUUUUUAAGAAUUUCUGUUUUGUCAAACAAUUAUAUCUACAUAGUAUCUACUAAAUAAAAACUUCGUAAAAAACUCGUAAAAUUGAAGUACCAAUUAUGGCUCGAAAAAUCGUUUUUAAAAUUUGACCACGUCUAGUAAAGGCAAAUAUAAGUUUGCUAUCAACAUUUCAAGUCUACGAUAUUUUAAACUGAAUUAUGAUAAAAACAAAAUUGAAAACCCUUGGAAAAUCAAAAAAUGAUCUCCCGAGUACACCAAUUAGAUCAAAAAUGCAAUAAAAAAGGUGUCUUGUCAUUUUUCGAUUGAAUGUUCACCUAACCUAAUAAAAAAUGAAAAUGAGAAGUUAAUACCUACACCAAAAUUUAUUAAAUCUUUUAAAAGUAGUUUAAAAAGUACCCCUUGGAUCUUUUAUACCAAAGAAUGGUGGCUUUUACAAGGAUGUAAAACUUACGAAUAAGUGUGGUUGAAUACAAUUGAGAGAAGUUUCAUAUGUUUUAUGUGGCAUGAGGAUUUCAUUGAGACUAAAAUUUAAGUUUUACAGGAGUGCCUUGAGACAUAUGAGACAGAGUGCGUAUGUUAUGUGGUUGGAAGUGUUGGGUGCUAGACAGUAAAAUAGAACAAAGAAUGAUUGUAGGAAAUGCUCAGGUGGAUAAGUGAAGAUAGGAUAAGGAAUAAGUACAUACAAGAUAGCAUUGGGGAAAUUUUCGAUAGAAGACAAAAUGAGAAGGAAUUAAACUGACAUGGUUUAGGUAUGUCAUUAGGAGAGAGUUAUCUGAAGCAGUAAGAAUUUUAAUGAAAAUACAGUUUUUAAAAUAGACGCAAAAGGAAAGAGGGGGAGAAGAAGAUCGAAAAGGAGUUAGUUGGAUGCGAUUGAGAAUAAUAUUAGAACGUCGUGGAGGAUUGGGUCUUGUGGAAAUUUAGGAUGAGGGUGGCUAACUCCAAAUAGUCAGAAAAAAGGUAAAGUAGAAAAAGAAAAAAAAGUGUUUAAAAAAAAAAAAUUAUUUAAAAUCUAAAAUUAACCCAAUAGGAAAACAAAAAUGAUUUAAAUAGUAUACGUUUAUUCUUUAUACAGGUAUAUGUUUUAUGAAUUAUUGUAAUAAUUAAUGCUAUUUUUGUCAUGCAUACAUUUUAAGGGAAGUGACUAUCACAAACGGAAGCAGGUGUAUAAAUAAGGCGGAAUUGCUUGUAUCUACGAUCUUGUUUCAUUAUCUAAUUAAAUCUAAAUAUGUUGGUAGCUACCCAACAGUACUGGCUUCCAGCAGAUCCAUCGUUUUGUGGAAUAUCGGAAGAAAAUGUUAUGAAACAAAAAUUACAUUCGAACAUCACCGACGAUUUAAUAUGUGAUAAUAAUACACCGAAAAUCGUUAAUUUCCGUGAUAAACAUGUAUAAUAUUAAAUAGAAUUUUUAUUUAAAUACGAUUAUCGACUGUUUAUCAACAUAUCAAUAUAACUCCACCGAAAUUAUUGCUGGGUUAUGUUACAAAAUUAUGUUACGAUCUCAGUUGUCGAGCAUUUAAGUACCUAUAGUAUAAUUGAUUUGAUCAAUUGUAUAGUCUUUAAGAUAUUCCUUUAAGCUCUUCCGACAGACCUAAUCUAACCGUAUGACAAAAAAAAUUCUUGGCAAAUCUUGUACAAAAUAAAUUCAUUCCAGAGUACCGACUACACACGUUCGUGUGCGUCGUAUUGUAUUUUAGGAUCGUGUCUGCAAAGUUAUGUUCGCGUUUUUACAUAUACAUAAUUUCUGCAAUAGUUUUGAAUCGAUAAAAUGUUUGACCGGCUAUUAUUUCUGACACCGCCGCCGCCGUUGUUGGCAUCCAAGGACGUCUAGUUUUCACUAUGUAUAUUACCUUUACUGUAUUCAAAAAUAUUUUAUUUAUUAAUGUAUUAUUUAUUUUGUCGUUGAUUUAUCGGUUUUUAUCUUGGUUACAACGUGUUUAGCGACAGUAAUAUUGUAUGUAGGUACAUAAAUGAUUGUAUUUAAUGUAUAAAAUUAUUUUAUUUAUGACCUAUUGUUGUAUUUUUGUGUAGUACUCUAAAUAUUUUGAACACAGAUCGCAUAUAGAUGUAAGUCGUGUAUGAAAACCAUAUCGUCGUUGGUACUCAAAAAAUUCAAUAAUUGCUAAUAUAAACAUAAAACUAGUACUCACCCAUUUAUAUUAUAUACUUCUUUCCCCCCCCCCUCAAAAAAAAACGAUUUAAUUUUUAUAACAAUCCAAUUUUAGAUGAGGUUCAUUGUAAGUUGUAUUUAGUAGUAAAAAAAAAAAGAAGGUAAGCGUAAUAUUUUAGGUUAAAUUUUAACGAAAAUUAUAAAAAUUAUAGAAUUUCUAAACAUAUAUAACCGAACUUCGCUCAGAAUCGGUUUUUCGUUAUUUUGGUUACAUUGGUUUAUUGUUGUUUAUAUUAUAGCUAUAAAUUAAAUAAUUGUAUGUAUCCUACAAAAUCCUACCUUCUCAACUUCUCACCUAUAACCGUGGCAAACCCAUAUUAAAUGUGACAAUUAAAAAGCUUAACACGUUCUAAAUCUUAGUCUAAAUCGAUACAUCUUAUUAUCUAUAUUACGACAGGAUAAUAUUAAUUAUUAUAAUGGUUUGUAUAAUAAUUGUAAUAUAAGUAUAUCAAUAAACAGAUAAUAAAAUAACAAUAUAGAUAUCUAAAAAAAACCAAUUAUAAUUUACAAUGUGACGUGUCCGAUUUGCCCGACCGUCAAGUGCGUUAUUGCCGUUGUUUUAUAAUUGUUAUGGAAAAGUACACAAAACCUAAUGGUCAUGUUGCGACGAGACCGCGGAACUACUUACUACCCAUCACGAUUUUGUGACUUAACACCUGAAUUUUGUCUUGUGGGGGUUUGUGAGGAUACACUGGUCUAUCGGAACAAACUUCGAAAUUUGGCGAAACUCAAAUGAGAAAUUCGAUGCGUCAUAUGAACGGUUUUGAUAGGAAAAUGUGGAGCGAGUGGUGAUAAAUUUUAUGGACCGUAUAAUCGUUAGUAUGUGGCUACGUGGCUACGUGCUAAUAAGGCAGGUCAUAUUAUACUCGAUGUUGUUUUUCACGUUUAAACCUCAGGACCACCUAAUAAACAGUAUAUGUUUUUGUCUCUGGAAAAAUAAAAAUAAAAAUAUGAAAUGAAAUCACCUUACGGCUGUAUCAUAAGGCCCGCGAAAUAUUUAUUUUAUUUUUACAUAAAUGUAUUAAUUUUUUUCUAGUAACGUCAAGUCUUUGUGGAGGCCCGAGUACGGUGCUUAUAUGAUCGAGGGCACGCCUGGAAAACCCUAUGGCGGCCUGUUGGCUCAUUUCAACAUAGUCGAAGCCAAUAUGCGGUAUCGCCGAGAAGAAGCGCAGCGGUUAUUGGGCCCGGAUGAAGUGCUAAUGACCAUUACGAAUUUCCCUAGGUGGGUAGGAUUUAUAUUCGAAGUCUGAAUUAUUAUACUCGCCAUAUUUUAUUAAAACACGGUCGGACCCAUGUAUAUAAUAAAUCUAUAUAUAUAUAUAUAUAUAUAUAUAUAUAUAUAUAUAUAUAUAUAAAUAUGUAUAUACGUAUAUAUAUACACAUACAUGUAUACAUUUAUAUGAAUCUACAAAUACGAUGAAAACUAUUAUUAUUGUGCGUGCUGCACGACACAUUCCGGGUGCGUCGGCGCCAGUGUCGGUGGGUGGAGAAAUUUCGCGGGAGGCGCUCAUUAGAGUCAGUCUCCCCUCCGUUCCCCGUAGCCGAUGAUCGGCGGAGACUUACGAAAUAUAUUAUUAUCAUUUUGUUUGAGAAUUGUCCUCUAUAGUUGUUAAUAUUCAUCCCGGAUUUCUUCGUCUAUAAUACACCACGUGCCUUCGUACAUCCCUUCCACCAAACGAAACCGUCGUCUUAUCGUGUCUUCUUCUCUCGGCACGGCCACCAUAUAAUGUGCCCAAUAAACGGUAUGUCGCAAUAUUACGUGUGUAAAGUAUAAUAUAAUAUUGUUCGGGUUAGGUAAUAUUGAUGAAAAGUUUUUUGUCGGUGAAUUUGCGGGGUUGUGGUGGAAUACGGGUGUGGAGAAUGUGAGAGACGUUAGAAAAGGCUAUGCACUUCGGUGUUUUGGGAUUGUAGUUUCAGAUCGCCCAGACAGAUAUAACAAAAUAUGCACGAAUGGGACGCAUUUGUGUACGCAGGCUUGGAUGUCCGGAAUUCACGUGGCCCGUUGACGAACCGACACCCAAAGCCGGCGUUUCGCGUUCGUUGUUCAUACCGGACUCGGCGAUCUUUAAUGGGCAUCCGCGGUUCGCCACCCUAACCAGGAACAUACGGCAGAGGAGAGGGGAACGAGUAGCCAUAAACAUUCCGAGUAAAUAUUUUAACACUUUUUGUUUUUCUCUUUAGAUACCUACUCGUAAUAUUAUUGUAUAGGUUAAAUUUAACAAACGACCAGAGAGAAAGUAACAGGUUUUUUUUUAGUAUUAUAAAAACGAUUAUUGGCAUGUUAUACAAAAAUUAUCUUGGUGGUCAUAGUCGUCCUAUAUAAAAAAAAAAAAAAAAAAAUCAAAAAAUUAAAUUUUUGUAUUCAGAGUACAAAGUUCAAGUAUUGUAAUCCUGCACAUUAUACAAUAUAGAGAUCGAAUUUUGAACAUUUCGCGCAAUUUUUGGCUGGAAUGUUAUGUUUGACUAAAAUAUAGUUACCAGAAAAAAAAAAAUGAACAAAUACCCCCUUUUCACACUCAACAAGAGUAAAAUCGAAAUAAACGAGUUUGUUUUAUUUUCAUACAUUACCGUGUUUUACGGCGGUUUUAUUUUUGCAUAAUAAUAUGUUAAAAAUAUGAACAAAUCGUUUCGCGAAAUUUGUUUCUUCGUCUCUAUUUGUGGUCAUAAUCGUCCAAAUAGUUUGGAAACCGGAUUUACGUGGUUAUUUUUUUUUUUUAUUUAUUUAGCACACGAGAUUCAUGUUUAUAUUAUCAUUAUAAUAGUAUUGACAAUGUACUCGACGUAAUUUUUCCCAUUCUCGAUGAUACGGAAUGUUGCCGUUCGCCGUGAAUUAUUUAUCUUCGGCGGAUUCGUACUGGUUGUAAAUUACCAUUUUAACAAAGCCACAUGUGAUCGGCGAAUGCGCACACAGUAUAAAAUGCAGUGUGUUUCAAAACGAUUCGUCCGAUUUCGGUGGGCUAUAGACACGGUUGGGUAGUAUCUGAAAUACGUAACUAUCGUAAAUACAAUUGUAUCUUAUAUCGCGAUACAGUACUGAAAAGUAUCGAGUAUCUUGUUUUAAAAUAUUGAAAUCAAUGUAUCAUGUAUCGAGUAUCUAGAUAUUCACUUUGAAGUAUUUCGCCCAUUGGCAAUCUGGGUAAUAUUUUCCUUUGACCUUCACCGCAUUUUUAAGAUAGUGUAUGCGUGAACAGUUUUAUUAAUAUUUCAAUUUUAAUAUACUGAAUACCUACAUAGUAUUUAAAUACAUAAAAUGUAAAUAUUGCGUGUCUUGUAUUGAAAUACUUGUUACAUACUUAGUUAUUCAUUUUCAAGUAUCUUGCCCAUCCCUACUAUAAAUCUCGAACACGUAGUUUGUAGUGAAUGAAUUACCGACCGUCUGAUAGGGAAUUUUCGUGUAUUGCAUUGAAGAAUACAUUAGAAGUGUUGUUAACGUUCCUUUUAAAAAGCAAUUCGUUACCAUUCCUCGUUCCUAUUGCAAAAAAAGAACUCUUCCCAGUUCCUCGUUUCUUAAAAAAAAAAAAACUUUCUUUAUUUAAGCUUCCUUUUUGAUGAGCGAAUUUUUUCUCCCUGAAUGUGUUUUUAAACACUUUUCAAAGAAGACAAAAGAAUUACAAUAUUUACUUUUCUGUUCUUAAAAAUAAGGAAGUAAUUCCUUAAUUCGUUCUUCUAAAAAAGAAUCAAUUCCAGGAAUCACUCCUUUAGGAACGCGUUUCUUAAUAACACUGCAAAUUGGUCUCUGUAUUAAAGUCUACAGAUUUAGAGAGUUACUAUUCAUCGACUCCAUCGAUCGUCGUCGUGCUCACGACGCGACCCUGACGAAAAUUCAACCUUAACAGGAAAGUCGUAUUAUAAACGUUAUCGACUUGAUUACGGUCCACAUACUUCGACGGAUUUACGAGGAUAUUUAAUGUAAAAUAUCUUCGUAAAUCCGUCCAACAAGAAGGUAUUAAACUUAUCGUAACUUAUAAUCAUUCAAAUUUUACAAUAAAUAUUAUUAUGAUAAUGAUUAUAAUAUUAUAUUUUUUAUUAUCUGAUGAAAUAUUUUGAAAAGCCCCGUAAAACGUUUCCUGUCCGUGUGACCUUGUACCACCGCUGUCGUGGUUCUAUCGAAUGGUUUGACCCAUCCGCCUGCCAUGAAACAAUAUUAUUAUGAUUGAAUUUGGUACCUAUGACCUACAUUACAACGGGCGAAACGAGUUUUAUAAUUUUUAAUUUUAUUAUGUUUGUUUUACAAUAUUAUUAUUCAUUUACGGAGUAUCUAAAUUCCAAUUAUAUUUUAAAUAUAGACAUGAAUAUUAAAAAAAUUUAAGUCAAUUUACGUGUACAUAUAUUGUAUAUAUAUAUAUAUAUAUAUAUAUAUAAGUAUAAUAAAUCCAUGAAGAAAAUCAAGAGUGAAAUACAUAUUUAUUCUUUAUAGAAUUUCCUAAAAACAUUAAAAUAUUAGACUGGGAGUAUAACAUAUAUUUAGUUGAUGUUUAGGUAUUAGCUGAUUUGGUAGGUAGAAAAUCAGUUUGUGUCUAGAUUUAUAAGAGUUUAUUUAGAAAUUUAGUCGUUCAAUUAGUUCUGGGAAAUCUAUAAUACUGUUUAAUAAUUUUUAAAGAAUUUAAAUUUAAUAUUUCAAAUCUUUUUUCCAGCUGUGAGAUAGAAAAAAAACAUAUUGUAAUCAAAAACGAGGAACUCUUUAUAUUUUACAUUAAAAGCUUGAAAAUCUUUAACAAAAUUAUUUUGAAUUUGAGAGAGAUCUUGAUUUUGUGUUAGCAAAUCGGUGUGCUAUAUCAGAUUCACAUUUUCCAGCUUAGAACGUAGAGAAAUAAUUAUAAUAAUUUAGGAGCAUGGGUAUCGUGAAAGUAAUAUCUCCUGCUCCAGUGACGUGAUGAGUAAUAAUUGAUUUGCGGGCAAAUAAAAUUAUCUAUUCCACAUCACCCUUAAAACAAAUAGUUUAAUUGGAAAACUAACUAGUAAUUAUAUUCUACUGCAUUUUGAAUAAUUUCCAUUUAUAAUAUUAUCAUAUGUAAUUAUAAUAAACAAAUUUUUAUAGGCAGAGCUACGGGGUAUGCUGGGUAUGCUUUAGAACCACUUUAAACAUCUACUGUCCAAAUUUUUCAAUUUUAAAAAACUUAUUUUUUAUAUACUAUAUGUAUUUAAAUUAAUGCCUAGCCGAAUUCAAAAAUAAAAUAAUAAAUAAUAAUUGUCUACAGUAAUUUCGGGUAUUGACGACAUUUCAUAAAAAUAAUGAACUAAAUAAAACAUUUUUCAAGUAAGUAUUAAAAUCACUGUAUUUACUUAUCCUAACAACUAAAUUGAUUUUUAAAAUAAAUCGCCUAUAUUAUAGUUUAUAGUAGGGAUAGGCUGUUAUCACUUUUUACUGAUAUCCGAUAUGUUCUGAUAUAAACUCGAUACCCGAUAUUUGAAAUUAAAAACCACGAGUUAAUAUUGAAAUUAACAGAUAUAUUGGCUGUCAACCCGAUUUAUUAAUACUGUUUUUUAUAAUCCAAAGACAUAAUAGACAUUUUUCUUAGUAAAUAUCAGGUCAAAUAUCAGUUUUGUAAAAACCCGACACCACCGAUAUCGACUGAUGUCAAGUAUUAUUUUUUUCAAUUGUAUAAUUGCACUUUAUUUGAAUACUUGUCACAAUCAGAAACUUCAAAAGUGCUUUUUUUAUAACAUUUUGAAUUUAGUUGAUACUUUUUGAAAAUAAUUUUAAACUUUUUAUUUUGCUCUGAAUAAUGGGGAAAGAUUAAAAAUGUCGUACUAAGAAAUUAGAAUCAGACGGUCAACUAAAUAGAGAUCAAGUGGCUACUAUGGUGUAUUUGAUCUGCUGGGUUGUGCGUAGCCAUUAUUUGAAAAAUGGUCGACAGAAGGGUCUAUACGCUUACGUUGUGAACCAUUAGUAUUAUUUUUCGAUUUUUGAUUUGCAUUAAGGCUUUUUACUUAAAUAUUGGGUAGUAACGUGGCAACUUAUAUUUGAUUUGUGGGCAAAGACAAAUGUUUUAUAAAUUCAAUACUAAUAUCUACCCCUCUAAACAAAUUAGUUCAUUGAUCUGUGGACGCUAACUCUAUGCUAUUGCAUUUUGAAUACAAGAUAGUACUCAAGUGAUAUUUAAAUUUAAGUGGUUUAGGUAUUAAAUGACUUGUUAAAACUCUUAUUGCAUUAACAAUAAUAUUUAUUAUCUUGUCGCAUAUUAUAAUUAUUGUUUAUUGUACAUAUUAUAGGGUAUUGUAGACAGUAUAUUUUAUAAGUAAUUCAAUAAUCUACAAUAUAAUAGUCAUCACAUCAUGCUGUAGUUGUUAGCGAGUUAUGCAUAGUUAAUUUAAUAAUAUGCACUCGAAAAAAAAUCGGGUUUAAAGAAAUAGUGAUAUAAUUAUUUGAUCAAAUUGAUCUUUAAUGGUUUCUUUAUCAUUUGUUUUGGGCUACUAUUAUACAAAAAUAUGAAUUUUUUUUAUUUAUUAUUUAUUUGUAUUUAUUUUAUUUUAUUAAAAUAUAGUUUUCUUUAUCAAUUUAUUGUGAUAUAUAAUUGAAAAUUCUGAUUAUAAAAAUGCAAUUACUUUUUAUAGGCUGAAAAAGAGACACUGUUGAUAUAAGAACAGUUAAAAGUUACAUUCUUUGGAAUAAUGUUAAUUUAAAAUGGACAAAACAUUAUAUACUGAAGUGUUUUCAAAUAUACUGUUUAUUGUGAGAACAUUUAUAUUGAGAAUUAUUGUUAAAUUUGACUGAGAGUUAGGUAACAUCAAUUGGACAUAUUAAUAUUAAACAGUCUCAACUUUUAAUUGUCAUUAAAAAUAUGACCUAUCGGUUAUUUUUAAUAUUAAUAUGUUAUGGAUUUUUAUUCCCAAGGUUACGUAUUAAAUUCAUCUAAAACAUGCACGCCAGUUAAUUGAAAAUAAUUUAUAUGAAGCUUUUUUGUUUAUUGCAUUCAUAUUUAAUAUGGGUUUGUCACAGUUGUAGCUGGGAAGUUUGUAAGUUAGGAUAUAUAGAGUUAUUUAAUUUAUAUCUGUACACAACAAUGAACCAUUUCUAAUGAAAAACUAUUCUAAGCGAAGUUCGGUUGUACAUGUUUUAAAUGCAGUAAUUUAUACAACUUUGUAAAAAUUUGAUCAAUGAAUAUGUAUAAAAAAAAAAAACUACUACAUUACUUUCAACUUUUUUGUCAUCACUAAGUUAGAUUUAGGGUUACUAUUAGGUGCAAGUAACAGGUAUAUCGUUUUUCUUUUGAUGUUUUCAACAAUAUUUAUAGCUCAACAUUUUAUUCAUGGCAAUGUAUUCUCUAUUUACCCCACUCAUCUUUAUUGGUAUUUUGUUAUGCAUGUUAUUCUUAUCUUUGAUAUUAGUUCCCAAGUAUUUGUAACUUACUUAAAAAAUAUAUCGCCCUACUUUUAGGUUUGACUUGUUGAUGACAUGACGUCUGGAUUUAGUUUUAUUUUUUUUACUCUAAGGUUUCUUUUUCUACUAGAAUUUAUUAGGUUUUUCGUGGGGCUUAUUAUUUCGUUUUUAGUAUCUACCAGUAUAAUAAUGUUAUCUGCAUAGGAUAUCAUGAUAGUUUUUCUGUUCAAUUUCAUUUAAUGACUUAUUACUGUGAUUUUGAUUACUUUUUCCAGUGCAAGAUUAAAAAGUUUGGGAGAUAGAACAUACCCUUAUUUUAGUCCAGAUUUCACUUUAAACUAGUUGGACAGUUCUCCUCAGUAUCAGACUUUACUGUAGGUGUUACUUACUAGUUCGAGUUAUAAAUUUUAAUAAUUUGAACAAGCUUUUCGGGUGUCCUGAAGUUUAUCAUGGCUAUCCUGUUCAGUAUUGGUCAAAUGAUUGUCAUAUUUAUGUUUUGAAAUAAGCUUAUUGUUCCAUGCCCAUUUGAUUGGUUUCCGUAUUUGAGAUAGUAGAAGUGUUCUUGCAAUAGCUUAAGCAGUUCUAAAUUUACUUUAUCCUCCUUUCAUGUUUUGUAGUUCUUUAAUGAGUUAAUUAUAUCUUAGAUUUCUUCAAUAUCAGGCUCCUUGAGUUCUCUAGUUCUAGUGUAUGAUAUACUUUUCCAAUGUCUAAGAAUCUGGGAUUUUUUUUUAAUAUUAUUUGUCACUUUUUUCUCUGGAUCUUUUUUGUCAAAUUGUAUGCUAGUUUUCUUGCUUUUUUAUAUAUUCGUUUACUAAUUAAGGAUUAAACAAAGUACUCAGCCUAUGGCUAUGAAAAUGCCAUGCAUUCUUAAUAUUUGGCAUAGUUCAGAGUAUAUAUUGGCUUAUUGCUGAAAUUAAAUAUAGAUGGAAUAAUGAAAGGUUUUGUUUAAAAAUUAUAGGUAUUAAUGUGAUAUAAUGAAUUUAUAAUUUAUUUUUGAUUUACAGUUUUUAUCGAUAAAAACACACAAAUUCCGUUCAAAGAAGAUUUGAUUAGUGUUGGUGGAGACACAGAUAGUAUAAAUGCAGCAUUGCCUAAUCAUGUAUAUAUGGAUGCCAUGGCUUUCGGUAUGGGAUGUUGCUGUCUACAGAUGACGUUUCAGGUAUUAUAUUGUCUGAAUAGUUUAGAAACAAUAUUGAGAAACUCAUUCGAUAAUAAUUAUUAUUGUUAUGUUUCAGGCAUGUUGUAUUAAAGAAGCACGAACUCUUUAUGACCAACUGACUCCCUUGUGUCCAAUUUUGGUAAACAUGAGAUUAUAUAAUUUAAAUUUUCAAAAUAAAUCACAUAGGUCAUAAAGAUAAUUGAAUGUUUUUUUUUUUUUUAGUUGGCUUUGACUGCAGCUUCUCCUAUUUUUCGAGGGUACUUAACAGAUGUGGAUUGCCGUUGGAAUGUCAUAUCUUGUUCUGUGGAUUGUCGUACACGUCAAGAAAGAGGAUUAGAGCCAUUGACUACAGAAAAAUUUGUUAUACCCAAAUCACGUUAUGAUUCUACUACUCUAUACCUUUCGAGUGAAGGCGAAAAGUAACAAACUAAAUAAUUAUUAUUUCGCUAUAAUGCCUUAAUGAUUCUUAAAUCAAUUUAUUAUAUUUUAAAAUGUACAUGUAGAUUUAACGAUGUACCUUUAGUAUAUGAUGAACAAAUCUAUAAUAAACUUAAAAAUGCCAACAUUGACCAUCAAAUGGCUCAACAUGUAGCACACCUAUUUAUCAGAGACACUGUAUCUCUAUUUAAUGAAAAAGUGCAUCAAGAUGAUACUGUUGAAAUGGAUCAUUUUGAAGUAUGUUUUUAUAUUUUGUGUUCAAUUUUAUAGAAUAAAGUUAAUUGAUUUUGUAUUCUUUAAGAACAUACAAUCUACUAAUUGGCAGACAAUGAGAUUUAAACCUCCCCCGCCCAAGUCCACUAUUGGUUGGCGUGUUGAAUUUAGGCCAUGUGAGGUACAGUUGACAGACUUUGAAAACGCUGCAAUUGUAUGCUUUGUUGUUCUACUUACCAGGGUUAUUUUGUCAUAUCAAUUAAAUUUUAUCAUUCCCAUCAGUAAAGUAUGUUUUGAUUGCUAUUAAUUAUUAAAAAGACAAAAAUGUUACGUUAUUGUACAAGUACAACUUAUAGGUUGAUGAAAACAUGUCAAAAGCUCAAAAACGAUCAGCUGCUUUAACCGAAAAGUUCUGGUUUCGUAAGAAUAUAACAUCGGCAUUUAAAGCUGCAGGAGCUAAUACAACACUUAAUAAUGAUGCCGUUUACACGCCAAUGUCUAUAGACGAAAUCAUCAAUGGAAAAGUAAAAUAUUACUUCUUAUCAUUCUUUGUUUUUGAAUAAUUAAACUUGUAUGUGGUUAAUUAUUAUUGUAAACAAUUAUCAUAAUAAAACUGAUUAUUUACAGACUGGAGAAUUUCCUGGUCUCAUUCCACUGAUUCACAGUUACCUAUCUAGUAUGGACAUAGACGCGGAUACUCAUUGUACUAUUCGAAAAUACUUAAAACUAAUUUCAAGGCGAGCAUCUGGUCAGAUCAACACAACUGCUAGUUGGAUUCGUCGGUUUGUCCAAGAACAUCCAGCAUAUAAGUAUAAUGAUACUAUAAUUAUUAUUUUUGUAAUUAAAUCUGAGAAUAUAGCGGUUUAUUACAAUUUUUAUUUCUUUAUAGACAUGACUCUGUUGUUAAUGAUGAAAUAAAUUACGACCUUUUAAUCACUGUUGACGGUAUUCAAUCUGGUCGCAUUUCUUGUCCACAACUUCAUGGGGAUUGUUUGUUAGGUGUUUCAAAAACAAAGGAAACAAUACCACCAGCUCUACAGAAGGUAUAUUCUUGUACUCCAUAAAAAUAUGUUAUUAUAUUCUUCUAAUGUUAUAAUUUUUUUGUAUUAUUUAAAUACCAUCAUACAAUACAUAUUUCUUAACAUUAUAUAUAUAUAUAUAUAUUUAUUUAUAUUAAAUUUGUAUUGUAUAAUUUAAUAAAUAAAUUUAAAAGAAAUAAUAUACCAGAUAUUCAAUAGGGAAUUUUGGGAAUUAAGAAUAGCUCACAUAACUAUAUUAUAUAUUAUAUUUUUUAAACUGUUUAUUAUUUUAAUUCUAUUGUUUACUUAUGAAAAUAAAACAUAUUGUUUGAUACACUGUCAUCAUUAAAAAAUAACUUGUUUUUGGUUUUUUCAAAUGAGCCAAUUUCUUCGUCUGAAUAACUGUUUUCUUAUGAUGAUUUUAUAUUAUUACUAUUUUAGAUAUAUAUUCAAUUUCCCCUUUAUCUUUCAAACUUCUCACCUAUAACAGUGGCUAUAACCUAUAACACAUUAUGUGAAGUAUGUCUACUUUUUUUUUUCGUUCAAUAUACUGAUACGGGCAAAACAAAAUGGUAUAAAAGAAAGAAAAGACUAAAAAAUUAACAUGGGUAACCCUGGUGCAUAGUACAGCUAGUAAAAAAAUGUUGAAAAUCAAAAUGUCUUAGUUUUGUUUUUGCAAGCUUUAAUAUGGUGUGCCCAAUUAGACUUAUUUAAUGUCCCUUAUUGAUUGUCCACAUAAAUUAAUUUUUAAAUUUAACAAUUUAAUUGAAAUUGAAAUUUCUUAUUAUAUUAGUAAUACAAAUAAAAAGUACACAACAUUUCUAAUAACACUCAAAUUCAACCACGAAUCAUAAUUAUACUAUUUAAACUUUAAAUGAGUUUACAUAGUUAUAUUCUUUAAUAUUGCUAUUUUGUUAGAUGUCUAAAAUUAUGUAUAAAAAAAAAAAAAAAUAAAAAAAAUUGGUUUUUACGAAAUAAUAUAACAAAUAAUUUAUAUUAAUUUAGUUAAUUUUAAGCCUAUGUUAGUUAUGUAAUUGUCAUAAAUAUCUCUUUGUAUUUUGGAACAAGGAAGUAUGAUACUGACUGAAUGUCGUGACAAUGCAGUGUCCCACCACUCUUUAAUUCGACUUUCCACAUGAGGGAUACUCAUUAUAUUUUCAUAUUCUUAUAAAAAUAUUCACUGGUUAAACCCAUGGGCCAUAUUAACCAAAGAUUGAUACCAAAUUUGAUGAUAUAAUUUGAUCACUGUAUGUUUUAUAAUAUAAUAUAAAUAUAGUAAUGUGUAGUGUUUAUUAGACAUUAGUACAUAAUAGAGUGUAAUGACUAAUUGGUACAUAAAAACAAAAAAAAUAAGCAUCUUUGUAAAACUAUAAGAUUCUUUGCUCCACUCAGAAUGUAAUAUUGUUUCUUAAAAAAUUUUGAAAAUAGCCAUUUGUAAAAUAGAUUUUUAGAAAAUUGUAUGGUAGUUGAUACUUUUGUUAAAGUAUGAUCUUUUAUUUUCCAUGAUUUUUUGAAAAUUUGAUUAUUUUUUUUUUCUACUAAAUUAUUAGGUUAUUUUUUUUGUUUUAUAGUAACUGAAUAAAUAUUGUAAUAGAAUAACCACAAUAGGUAAUAUUCACAUUUGUAACAACUUCAAAAAAUCAUAGAAAAUAAAAGACCAUAUUUUAACAAAAGUUUCAACCAUCAAAAAUUUUCUAAAAACCUAUCAUACAAAAUGACUAUUUUGAAUUUAAAAAAAAAAAAUUAUAAUCAAAUUUAAAAUUUUUUAAUUUAAGUCCCCCUCCCUCUAAAAAAAAUGUUCAUAUAUAAACUGUAUUGCAGAGGCAUACUAAUUAUUUAAAAAAAAAUGACGUCCUAGGAUUAUGAGGAUGGGUGCAGCCAAUGUUGUAGAUAAUUUAAUGUAUACUUGUGUAUACAUUUAAUGUAUAAACUAUUGCUUUCCAAAAAAACGAUUUUAAGCGGAGUUCAGUUGAUAGCGAUGCUUUGUCAACAAUAUGUAUGUCAUUUUAUAGUAAAAUAAUUAAAUAGGCUUUAUAUAUUUUCGAUAAUAAUAUUUUGUUUAAUGUUUUACCAAUUUUUCUAGUUUUCCCACAUUUUCCCCGGUUUUUUACAUUUGAUAGAAAACCCCUGAGAAAAUCGAAAAAUUACCUUUCUAAAGUACCUUAAUAGUGAAAUUUCCUUUUAGAAAUAUUGUUUUAAAUUAGAGCAAAAAUCGUGAUAUUUUAGUAAUAAAUUUCGUACAUAUUCCUGUUUUUUUUUUUUUUCGAAUUUGAUGAGAAAACUCUUGAGAAAAUCGAAAAAAUUACUCCCUUUAGGAACCAACCCACACCAAUUUUCUUUCAGAGAAAAUUGCUACACUUAAAAAUCUGAGCAGGUCUUCUGGUAGAAAAGUUGUUCACAGAUUAAAAAAAAAAUAAAUAAAAAAAUACAUAUCUUUAUAAAACUAUAAGCUUUUUCGUUCCACUCAGAUUCUAAAAUAUAUAUCAAAAACAUUCAAUAGAACAAAAGAUAUUUCAAGUGGCGGAUCAUUGUGGAGACACUCUGUAUAUAUUGAAGAGUUAAACGAAUUGCAAUUAUACUUGUUAAGGAACAGUUCUACUAAAGUGUAUUUACAGACCAAUUUAACAGCUGAAAACAAUAUAUAUAUAUACACAUAUAGGAAUGGACAUUUAAUACCUACUAUAGCUUAAACUAGUUAUAUUUUACAACUUUCAAAGUUUCAAACCCAUAUAAUAUAAUGUACACACUGAGAUCAACAUAACGUAAGAUACUCAUUAUCUUAGAAAGUAGGUAUCUAUUAACAAUUUUCGAAAAUUUAUUUUUAGAUUACUUAAGAAAUAGGUAGUUCUAAAAUGUUACAUUACACUUUUUUUUUUGUCAUUUUUAUUUUUGAAGGCGAAACCACUAUAUCUACUUUUAGUUUUCAAAAAAGCAAUGUUGAUACUAAAAUGUGAUACUAAAUUUCUGUCAACCCAUUGACGAUGGAAUUUUUAUUUUUCGGUAUAGGUACACUGCUUCAAAAUUGUAUUUGCUACAUUAAUUAAAAUAUCUAAUAUUGGAAAAGUAAUCAUUUUAAUAGAAUACAGUUGUUUGAUAAAACAUUAAGUUAUUUUAUAAUAAAAAAUGAAAUCUGACCAAAUUUAUAAUUGAUGUAAUUUAGUUGGGCCAGUGAAUUUUAAGAUGGAACACUUAGCCACUCGCCCGCCUUUACUUCGCUGCUUUGUUAUUUUCAGAACAUUAGUGUAGAUUUCCGUCUCAGUUUCGUUAACGUCUUUCUCGUUGUCUAUUAUUUUAGCUCUACUCUAACACUACUUUCCUAGUGUAGUCCAAAGUCGACUAUUAUAAGUGAUAAAUAAAAAUCUAGAGUAAUAAUUGUAAAUCGAUUUUAAUUUAAACAAUUAAAUAAGUACAGCAAGUUAAGGAGAUGCUUACUGAAUCUUUGCAGACCUAUUGCUGGAAGUCUCUAUAGGAUGUAAAUUAUUAGGAUAUCACUGCACCACUAAACAAGACUCGUUUAAUUUUGCGGUGCCACAACCUCCUCCUUUGUAAUCGAGUUACUCAACAAUAUGCUUGCUGUGCUCUAUUGAAUAAAAAUAUAUAACAUUUCCUUAAAAGUAGAAAUAUUGCUUUUUUACGCGUAAUGUGUUUCUUGAUAUCAAUUUAUUAAGUUAAUUAAGUGAAUUGAAACCAUCUAGAGAACUAACAUAAUUAAAGUAAUUUGGUGAUCUAAACGUAAUGCCUUUUGCCGUAGAUAAUUUAUAAUUCACGCAUUGUUGUCCUAUUAUAAAAUAUUCGUUUGAUAACUAUGAACUAAUAAGUAGGUAACAGCAUCACACGUGUUUACUGGAGUACAUAGUAGGUAGGUACACUAUACGUAUAAUAUAUUAGGCAUAUUCGGUUCUUAGAAUAGGAACUAGCAGAGUUUGUAACCGUAACACAUUACCAAUAAAAAGAGUUGAUUCUGAAAAUGGAUGUGCCACCGUUGUAGGUGGGAAGUUGAGAAAUCAGGCUACAUAUAAAGUUUAUUAAUUAAUAACUAUAAUAAAUUAACGAUAAACCGAUAAACGAUAAUUGUUAACGAAAAACGAUACUGAAUGAUGUAUGUUAAAUAUGUUUUGAAAUGCCGUCAUUUUUACGAUUUUUAUAAAAAUUUAAUUUUAAAAGGCUUAUACAAUUUUUUUUAGGAGUUUUUCAUCAAAUGUGAAAAACUUAAAAAAAAAAAACAAGAAAAUGUAUGAAAUAUAUUACUAAAAAAUUACGAUUUAAUUUUUUUGUGCACAAUUUUUUUAUCAGUAAUUUUGCCUCGAUUCAUAAUGAUGGCUAAUUUUCUAAAAGGUACUUUAAGGAAGUUAUUUUUUAUUUUUCCAAGAGUUUUCCAAGCAAAUGUGAAAAACAGGGAUAAAACAUGGGAAAACCAAGAUAAACGUAGGAAACUGGGAAAAUCGGUACAAUAUAAAACAAAUAUUAUUAAAGAAAAUUAAUUGAGCCUAUUUAAUUAUUUUACUUUAAUAUGACAUAUAUAUUGUUGACAAUGCAUCACUAUCAAUUAAACUCUGAUCAGAAUCGUUUUUUCGUUAGCAAUGAUUUAUCGUUGCUUAUAAGUAUGCAUUAAAUUACCUAUAAUAGUGGCUGCACCCGUUCCCAUUAUAUAUAUAUAUGUCGUAUCCACUUAGUGUAAUCGUAUUUUUCAUGAAAUGGAUAUUCAUUUCAUGAACUACGAUCAUAACGUGCAAGUCAAAUUUUAGUUCAUGGAACGGACAUAUAUUUUAUCCAUUUCAUGAAAUUGAAACUCUUAUUUUGCACUUUGUGUAAUAUUUUAAAUUAAUUACAUCAAUAGGUAACUUUUCGUGAAAUCGAAAUAAUAACAUUGAUACUGGUACGUAUCGCACUAUAUUUAUUAUUAAUAAAUUGUAAAGAUGAGAUAUCGACCGUUCAGCAGAUAAAUUUUAGUCGAUAAAAUAUAUAUUUAAUCAAAAUUCAAUUGGAUCAAUUGUAUAAGUGUGAUACGACCAAGGCAUUCUGGAAAAUCUGUAUAUUAUAUUAUUUUUAUAUGAUGCCAGUACGUCCUCUGACUUGAAGCGAGCCGUAUAUUAGCUUUAAAAUGGAAUUUAAUUCAUUUUCUGAAUUUUAUGAACAGUUAAAUGCGUACUACGUAGACAAGCCUGGGAAAAAGCCACCUACUAAAAUUGACGUUCAAUUAAUGAUUGAAUACAUUUUAGCAGCAAAAGUAAAAAUGUAAGUAAUCGUUAAAAUAUACAAAAUAUUAGUAAAUAAAAAUUAUAUAUUAAGACACUUCAAAUAAAAUUAUUACAAUCAGCCAUCAGGGCUUGUCUUACAAACAAGUAACAUAGCAAAUUUACGCUCAGCAGUUCACGUUUUAUUCCGUUGGAUUAAAAAUUAGAUAAUAAAUAUUUAAAUAAUAUUAUUUAAUAUUUACAUGAAAUAUUUAUUUAUAAUUUGAAAUUUAUCUGCUGAACGAUCGAUAUCUCAUCUUUACAAUUUAUUAAUAAUAAAUAAAGUACGGUGCGAUACGUACCAGUAUCAAUGUUAUUAUUUUGAUUUCACGAAAAGUUACCUAUUGAUGUAAUUAAUUUAAAAUAUUACACAAAGUGUAAAUUAAGAGUUUCAAUUUCAUGAAAUGGAUAAAAUAUAUGUCCGUUUCAUGAACUAAAAUUUGACUUACACGUUAUGAUCGUAGUUCAUGAAAUGAACAUCCAUUUCAUGAAAAAUACGAUUACACUAAGUGGAUACGACAUAUAUAUUAUCCUAAGACGUCUUUUUUGAUUACCAAGAUUACCUCGUAUUUAAUCUUUAUUUCUGAUCGGCCAAACAAUUUUAUCCGCAUAAAAUCGUAACUAUGAAUUAAAUAAUUAUUAUUCAAAUUAUAAUUUUUUUGAAUUGUAAACUGUUAAUCAGCUUUUUACACGCGUCUGUCUCAAUACAAACGCAAUAAUGCAAUAUAUGUGAUAGUUUCUAAUUUGUGUGGAAAAUUUGAAAAAAAAAAACAAAACAAAACGGUAGUUUUGCUUUUGUACAUAAAACCAAUAGUACCCACUGAAUACACACAUGUCUCAUCGUCGUAAUAAUGAUUAUUAUUGUUCUUCUUAAGGGGAACUAUAAAAUAUAAAUUGCCAACGAGUACGCAUUUAAUGGCUCGUUUUCGUUGGGUUUUGUUCCGAUUUUUGGGCCGUACAGUACUACGAAUUCAUGAUUAUAAUAAUAAUAAUAAUAAUAAUAAUAAUAGAAAACACCAUAGUGGUGACGACUACUGCUAUUAUGUCUGAAACGACUAAAAUGAGUUUAACAUAUAAGUAUUAAAUGAAAAGACAGUCGUAAUUACAAAUUAUCAGGUGUAUACGGCACAAGUAGAUUAUUAUUGCUUUAACUGAUUGUUUCAAUAGUCACACACACAUGUUGAAUUUUAGAGUAUGAGUGGAGCGAAGAAAUUUACGAUUUUACAAAAAUGUUUAUUUUUCUUUUGCUUUUGUUUCUUUUUUAUUUGUGCGCAACUUUUCUACCAGAAGACUCGCUCAGAUUUGUAUGUGUAGCGACUCUUCUGAAAGGAAAUCUAUAUAGGGAGGUAUUUUAUUGUUUCGAUUUUCCCAAGAGUUUUACCAGCAAUUGUGAAAAACCGGGAAAAACGAAGGGGAAACUGGGAAAAUCGGUACAACAUUAAACAAAUAUUAUUAUAGAAAAUAUAUAAAGCCUAUUUAAUUAUUUUACUAUAAAAUCAUAUACAUAUUGUUGAUAAUGCAUCAUUAUCAACUGAACUUGAAUCGCUCAGAAUCGUUUUUUCGUAAGCAAUAGUUUAUCGUUGCUUACAAGUGUACAUUAAAUUAUCUAUAACAGUGGCUGCACACGUCCCCAUUAUCUUUGGACGUUUUUUUUUUAUUAGCUAGUUACAAAUUACCUUCUAUGCGUGAAUGUGUACCGUACGAGUAGGUAUAUAUCUUAUCCUUGAUAUUUAUACUUUUGGAGAUUUCUACAAAUUUUAUAUUCUUAGUACAGUAAAGAAGCUACAUUAAUAGUUUUACUAAAAAAGUAACUUGCUUUUUUUUUCUUUCGGAGUUAUUAAUGGUGGUAAAACAAAACAUUAUAAAAUAACACCAAGCUUAGAAAAUGUAACGACUCACUUAACUACCAGAAAAUCAUAGGUCAUUUCCAAUUGAACGGUCCCUGUCCGGGUGCCAAUGACAACGGUUCGCUUUACCGUCAGAAUGGGGGAGCUUUAUUUUCUUUGGUUUUUCUUCUAUAUUCACAGACAAAGCGAUAAACGUCGAUGUUGGGUUUACAAUAGUUAUUUAUUUGCUUACAACAUAAAACUAUAAAUUUAUAUAAUAUUAUAAAUAAGUUGAAAAUAUAAAAGUGUUAAUUGGAUAAAAAUAUCUAAUGUCAAAAUUGAAAAAUUUAAAUUAUUUUAGUUAAUUUAAUUUUCGUUUUUUUUCAAUAUAAAAGUAUUUAAAUUAAAUUGGCAUGGAGUACAUGAGGUAAAAAAUAAAUAAAUACUACUUCAAAACAAUUUUAUUAUUCAACCUUCUUUAAAUUUUCUGCGAAAUAUACAAAUUGGUCCGGUAGUUCAAAAAUCAUUUAUUGUGCAUAGUAUUUUCCUAGUUAUUGUUGGAUGUGGCUGAAAAUUAUUUUGAUUUUCAAAAUUGCUUAUUUCAAAUAAAACAGCUAAAUCGUCAAAAUUAGUUAUAGUUAAAUACAUAGAUUAUAUGUUAUACAUAAGUUGAAACAGUGCGAUAGUAAUAUGGUUUAAAUUAAUUAUGAAAAAAGAAAAUUCAAAUAAUGAUACCGACAAGUAAAAAGUUGAUAGUACAUAAUUUUGUCAUUGUCGAAUGAGAUUGAUUUAGUGUUGUUACACACAUUUUGAAGGGGUAAUGCAUUUUUGUACGAUUGUCAGCCGUGCGAGAUUUCAACAUAAGAACUGUCGAAUCGAACUCGACAACAUCUAAUUGACGUAUACGCCAAAAAGAUAGCUCUAAUCGAAAUGAAUUGACCCUCCGUCACACGGUUACGCUGAGUGACUAUAAUAAUUUUGUCGAAUCGCUCAAGAUCAGUGUUACCGCUAUAAUGUGGCGACCGGAGGUGAAUGCAUAGCGCUCACGUAUCGACAGAGCAAAUCGACUCAUGAGUACUGAUGAGUAUAGGGGAACAUACUCGAUUUACUCAAUAAAUUACAGUCGGUAUUUAUGCGUGUCCAGCUGGUCAGAUACCGGCCGACUGGCCGACAUUUGGCUGUUUAUUCCAUUAUUGGUCCGCAUGGUAUGGCACAAUACUUCCGGGUACCCUCCUUUAUAUUAUGAUGGUACGCAGGAAAACAAUGGCGUUUUACACAAUCGUUACGUGGUUUUCAGUUAUCGCUUUCUUCGCAUUGUAGAGCAUUGAACGGGCAUUACCAAUAUCUCGUGGUACUUAAUUUCCUAAAUAUUAUUAUACAUAACUCCGGCGUACGAAAGAGUUACAAAAUCUUGACUUUACGAUUUUACGAGACUAAUGCAAUGUUAUUAUUGGUAUUGUCUUUCGUGGACUCCUAAUUCAAUACCUAUAGGUAAUGUUGGCCAAACUAUAGUUUGGGUAAUAAACAUAUUGUCUGGCGGCCGUGUAAAUGUACAAUAUUUAACAAUAAUUGUAUGUACAUUGUACCGACACAUAACACUGUACAUAGAGCUGCUGAACCAGACGAAGUGUGCCAUUAUUGUAAUAUACUCGUAAUAAUGUGUUGGACGUUCUAAAACCAAAUAGGUAUGCCAAUUGGCAAUUAAUUACAAUACUCUAUCUGUAACGCGCAUAACAAUUUUCAACUGCAAUGAUCAUUAUUAUUACGAUUAUUACUCCGAAAUUAUCAUUGCAGCGAACGAAAAUAAUAAUAUAAUAGCGUGCUUGUUCGUGUGGAAGUACGUUGUGUUUAAUGUACUAGAAAUGCCACGACCCAUUAUGCCUACUGCUCUGAAAAAUCGGUACCUACUCACCGAGUAAAAGUCUUAAAUCUUAAGUGGGUUGGAACACGCCUAUUUUUCAUACGUUUUAUAAGUAGUGAGAAAUUAGACAUGUACUUCCCAAAGUCCGAUUUUAAUUUUUAAAGUAUGUAUGAAUUUUUUGAAUAAUUUUCUAGGUUAUUUAUAGGAAGUUGAUUUUCAAAUUUAACUUUUGAAGACUUCUGGAUUUAAGAAUUUAUUUUUGAAAAUUUCACGAAGUAACUAAAUUAUAUUCGAUUCGUUUUGGAUGAACUAAAUUUUAAAUCGAAAAAUCGACUUUUUAAAUACCUAACCUAGACAAUUUGAUAAUAAAUCCUAAAUACUUUAAAAAAUUUAAAUCAGUUAUCGGAAAGUACCUUUGUCCAAUUUUCCAGCGUUUUGCUGAUCUAAAACGUAUAUUUGUUUUUAAAAAUGGCUCUAACCCCUAAAUAAUCAUCGGGCCUUAAUACCCCCUUAAUAUCCCAUUAACCCCUUAAUAGUAAAAGAUCAUUUUUAUAAUUUUCCAAAAUUUGAGGAAAUUUGGAUAACAGUUAUUAAUUACUCCUUAAAACAGUUAUUAAUCAUCAUUGGUUUUCAACAAGAAUAUAUUUCUUAUAUAUCUAGAGUUUAGACUUUUAAAAGAUACUAUUUAAAAGUAUUUUAAUACAAAUAAAGAUAAUAUGUUAUAAUGUAAGAAAUUACCGAGAAAAACCGACAAGAAAAAACCGGUUUUUCCCGAAAAUUGGAGGAUACACAAAUUUUAAAAAUGACUUGGCAAAUUUUAGCAAAUUAUUUGCAAAAUAAUAACGUAGGUUUGAAGUCUGUAGCACGGAGUGGUGGAGCCAAC